UUCAGUUUCGGCGCCAAAUGCCCUAUAAAUACAAAGGAAAAGGAAAGGGCUUCUGCCCUCUCUCUGCUUCGAUUUCUAAUGGCGAUCGACGAGAGUUCGAGCAAGGAAAACCCUAGAAUCUGUACGGUUCUGGGCGGUCGAAGCUUUAUCGGUAGAUCGCUUGUUCAGUUGCUCUUGAAAUCGGAGCAAUGGACCGUCCGAAUUGCCGGUUCUGCUCCUUCUUUGAUCCUCGAUCGCAAGGAACAGAAUUCGAUCCUCUCGGAUGCCGUUUCGAUCGGCCGGGCCUCGUAUUUCCAGGUCGAUGUUCGUGAGAAAUCACAAGUCUGCGAAGCAAUCGAAGGUUCAACAGUUGUCUUUCAUAUGGAUGCAUUGGAUUUGUCUGUACAUGAUAUCUAUCAUCACUACAUGGUCACUGUUCAAGGUACAAAAAAUGUAAUCAAUGCUUGCCGAGAAUGUAAAGUCAAAAGGCUUAUAUAUAACAGUUCUGCAGAUGUCGUUUUUGAUGGUGUGCAUAGUAUACACAAUGGAGAUGAGUCUUUGCCUUACCCUUGGAGAUAUGAAGACAGGUUGAGCGAUUUUAGGUCUCAGGCAGAGGCAUUGAUAUUGUUCGCUAAUGGUACUGAUGGGCUAUUAACAUGUGCACUACGCCCGAGCAAUGUCUUUGGUCCUGGAGACACGCAUUUUAUACCAUAUCUCAUUGGAGAAGCAAGAUCAGUUCGAGCUAAGUUUUUUGUAGGGAAUGGUGAAAAUUUGUGUGACUUCACCUAUGUUGACAAUGCUGCCCAUGCCCAUAUUUGUGCAGAGCAAACUCUAUGUUCAGGGAUGGCUUCUGUGGCUGGAAAGGCAUUUUUCAUCACUAAUCUUGAACCAGUGAAUAUGAUUGAAUUCGUUUCUCUGAUACUGGAAGGAUUGGAUUAUCCAAGGCCCUGGAUCCAUCUUCCAGCAAUGCUGGUCCUGAUCGUCGUUGUGCUCCUCGAGUGGGUGCAUAAAAAGUUUGGUCCACAUAUAAAUUGCCAACCACAACUAAAUCCAAGUUUGGUUCAUUUCCUCUCAUGCACAAGGACAUUCAAUUGUUCUAAUGCUCAAAAACAGCUUGGGUACUCACCUAUUGUCUCCCUGGAGGAAGGUGUUACAUUGACCAUUGAAUCAUUCUCUCAUUUAUCAGGGGAUUCAUCUUACUUGAGAUACCGUGACUGUAAUAAGCCAUCAAAAGUGGAUAAGCUGUUGGGUGGUGGAAAAGUUGCUGACAUAUUAUUGUGGCGAGAUGAAAAGAAAACAUUUACAUGUUUGCUUGCUCUGGUUUUUCUGCUUUGCUGGUUUUUCCUCUCUGGAAGGACUUUCAUCUCAUCCAUGGCAAGGCUUCUAGUGUUGGUUUCAGUGAUCCUUUUUAUCCAUGGCAUUCUACCUUUCACCAUGUUCGGAUUUGCUAUCGAGAAGAUACCCCCUAGUUAUUUUGAAGCCUCAGAAACAGUGUUGAAGGAUAGAUUGACAUUUUUGGCAACUACUUGGAACGAAGGGGUAGUUUGUACCUUGCGAACAUUGGCCCAAGGAGAUGAUUGGAGUCUCUUUUUUAAGGUGGCGUGUUCUUUAUACUUUCUCAAGUUAUUCUUGUCAUUUUCCUUCCCCGUCAUGGCCAGUGUAGGGCUUGUAUUGGCGUUCACCAUUUUCAUUGUAUAUGAACAGUAUGAAGAGGAAGUUGACAAGCUUCUGAUUACUUCUCAUAGUUAUGUUAAGAAAUCAAAGGAAUUUCUUGAUGGACAUUUACCACCAUUCUUGGCAGCAUUCCUUUCUAAUAAUCAAAGAUUAGGUCAGGAUGACAGGUCCUCACAAAAGCACCAGUAAUUGCAAACUGCAUUUAGGUGGCACCAUUGAGAUCCAGCGAAGCUACUGAAUAACAAGCGGGUCGGUUUCCUCAUUUGCUAACCACUGAACUUUCCUCAGUCCACUCGGGCAGGCAAUUCUCGUAUUGAGCUAUGGAGACAUGUCGUGUGGCUGUUGUCACCAGUUGGGCUUCAUUUGGAAUUGGUUCAUCUGGAUUUGAUGCAUGCAAGAAAGACCGCUCGGAUAAAGCUUUAGAUUUGCGUUGUAAUGAGUUCAUUCAUCAGAACUUAAUAGGUGUU